CAUAAAAUCCUCAACCCUGCAUUGGCGAGGGAUGACAGUUUGAAUACACACGCACACUCGUACGUACACGGACUUGGAGUAUUUCCCCCGAUCUAUACUGCGUAUUGUACAAGAGAGUUAGUGAGGACAUCCCUGUCUGUGAGGGAAUUCCAUGGCAAACAGCGCCAUGAUUUCACCCAAGUCGGCCUACCAUCCAGCCUCCUCUCCAACGCUCCAGAACAUGAAUUCCAUGGGAGCUAUGGGUGCGAUGAGCACCAUGAGUUCGAUGAGUUCGAUGAACACCAUGGGGCAUCAGAUGAACUCCUACACCAACGGUAUGACGGCCGGCGGCAUGGGGUCUAUGUCGACGAUGUCUACCAUGAGCAUGAACGGGAUGGGGAGCAUGCCGACAAACAUGAACUCCAUGAAUGGCAUGAACUCCAUGACGGCUGCAGGUAUGUCUACCUUCAACGGAAUGAACGGUAUGGGUUCUAUGAACAGUAUGAACGGUAUGAACAACUCAGCGGCAAUGAGUAUGAGACUCGCCGCCCAAGCACAGGCACAGGCCGAUACCCUCAAUCGUGUCCGGGCCGAGAAAACCUACCGGCGGUCUUACACUCACGCCAAGCCUCCUUACUCGUACAUCUCCCUCAUCACCAUGGGCAUCCAGCAGUCACCCCAGAAAAUGGUCACCCUCAGUGACAUCUAUCAGUUUAUCAUGGACCUUUUCCCGUUCUACCGUCAGAACCAACAGCGGUGGCAGAACUCUAUCCGCCAUAGCCUGUCCUUCAACGAUUGUUUCGUCAAAGUGCCCAGAACACCGGACCGUCCCGGGAAGGGAAGCUUCUGGACACUGCACCCAGACGCCGGGAACAUGUUCGAGAACGGCUGUUAUCUCCGGCGGCAGAAACGCUUCAAGUGUCCCAAGCGGGAGACAUUGAGGAAAGAGCAGAAGGAUAUGACACCGGAGGACGAGGACGGCGAGCACAUGGAGAACGGGCACGGCGCCGGGGUGACCGGCUCAAACGCCUCCACGCCGGUCAGCAACGACGCCACCGACGUGUCGCACACCAAUCUGCAACCUCACCACCAGAUGGCCUCACCGCCCCAACACCAACAUCACCACGAGCAACAGCACCACCAGCAGCAACAUCACCAUCAUCACCACCAUGACAUGCAGAAGAUGGAGCCUCCAUCCCUCUCACCACCCCCAGCUAGCCUAGCCAGUGCCGGUAUCCCAACCCGCCCCAUAGCUCAUCCAGCUGCAUCCAUGACCUCCAUGACGGCUAUGCCAGGUACCUAUCCCGCUGCUAUGUUUGGACCAGGGGGCCAGCACCCCUCCUUCACCCAUCCCUUCUCUAUAAACAGCAUCAUUUCAUCGGAACACAAACUGGACAUGAAGGGCUACGAGGCCAUGGCCUAUGCACCUUAUAACUCAAUGCCGAGCAUGACAAGCCCGAUGGCCAAACCAUCUAUGGACUACACGAUACCUGCAACUAGCGGUGAGGCAACCUACAGCCAGCUCGCCACAGCGAACCACAACAUGUAAACAACAAUAACAACAACAACAGUGCAACCUAAAACAGAACCAACUGGUACGUUCAAAUCAAUCCUAACUCUGUCUUUUCUCAUCAGCAGACGAAAGGAAAACAAAAACCCACAGAUUUGAGAUUUGUUUGUACAUUGUAUAUGUAUCAAUUGCGAUGAUGCUGUGGUGGACAAUCACGACCAAUGUGACUUUAUUUCAGUAACUUUUUUUUGAUUUAUAAAUGCUAUGAUGGAAAAUGAUGUAAAUGAUUUGUGAUUUUGAACUUGUGAGCAAUCAGAAUAAUCCAAAUUCAAAUAGUUGAAAUCGGUGCGUACACAUGACGUGCGGAUCCAAUGUGUGCAAAGUUUACUCUAGGUAGAUAUGAUUUGUUGAUAUUUAUUUAUUUGAUAUUGUUCUACUAGUGGAUAGGAGUUUUGUCAAUAUAUUUUAGAUAUAGUUAGUAUACAAAUCAAAAGACCAUUGAUUAUUAUGAAUUGACAACCUAUUUUUUCUUUAAACAACCAAAGCCAUCAGUGGUUAUUAUGAUAUGACAUGUUUGCCACUUUGUUAAUGUUUAAUGUAUUUUUUCUUGAUUAUUCGCUUGUAAUGAUCAAGGAAUGGAUAUUCCAAAGUUGCAAUUACGUCAACUGAAAAACGCCAAAGAUUUCCUUAUUCAGUUACAUAUUGUAAUACUUUGGACUGUAUAUUUAGUUCAUAUUUUUAUCAAAAUUAUGAUAUUGAACCGAUACUUUACUUGUACAUCCAAAGAUUAGAAGCGAAAAACUCCUGUAGCUUACUUUUUAAAUGAAGGAUGGGCUUUUACCAAACAAUGAACUAUUUUCAAUCAUGUAUUUUCCGUUUUCUACAAACUCAAAACUCAAAUGUUUGAAUCAUGUUGAAUGAAAUGUGAGAACAACCCUUCUGGUCCCAAACAAACAGUCAACAUGUCUGCUGAAGAAAAGAAAAAAAUUAUUUGGAACAAGAUUACCCGAAUUUUUACAUUGCUGCAAUGAAUUGAAUACAAUUAUCGUCUCAAUAUUUGGAUUUAUUUAUAAAACUGUAAAUUACAGUUUUUGUUAUCGCUGAUUUUAACUUUGCCAAAACAAAACUGUUAUUUUAUACAAGCAUUAAGCUGAGCUGUUACUGUACAUCAAAUGAGAACUGAUCAUCUUGAACUCAUCUCUUGGCUGAAAAUAAUUGUGAUAUCACGACAGAGUUAAACAUUUUUCAAACCUGAUGUUUUGGUGUGUAAUGCUAGCGUCUAUCUGAUUGACAUUUUGAGAUGUUUGUUAACAAAAAGAGGUGGGGUUCAAAAUGGGUUGAAACCAAAUGUGAAUUUUAUGGCGUUUAUUAUUGAUCAUGUUAUAUUUAUAGUAUUCUUUAAACUUUUGUUAUUUGUUGAUGGAAUAAUUUCAGUGAUUGACGUGCCAAAAUGAUCAGUUUGUGAAAAUCACUUGUAAAAACAAAUUCUUAUAAUAAUGAUGGUAAAUGGUGAUAUGGAAACAGAAAAAACAUCUAAACAAUGUUUCUUCUAUUCUUAGUGGUAGGCCCUAGAUUACAAUUUGUUUUUUUUGAAAAGACCGUUAUGUACAAUUCUUCACUCUAUCGUUAUUCACUUUUGUUUGGGUUGUUAUAAACCGUGAACUCAACAAUCUCAACAGGGGGAAAAAGAGACCCCUUGUCCCAGGCCGUCAGUGUUUGUGUUUUCAACCAGAAAGAGUUACACAGGUAGAAAAACACACUCACAAACUCUCGUAUUUGACAUGGCUGUUUAAAUUUGAAGAAGAAGAAAAAAAAAGAGGAAAAAACUCCGGGCAAAGUUUGCUUUGCGUCAUCAGCAGCCUGGGGCACUCUAAAAUCGGAUUUUCCAAGUACCGAGGCAAAGCCACUAAGAAAAACUGUAUAAUGUAUCAAUUUUUAUGGGUUCAUAUUUUGUACACAGUGUUUAUUGUAUAAACUUAAGAAAAAAAACUGAAUGAGAUUGCAUUUCCAUCGUAUUUUUUCUUCUCCUCUCUCUGAAUCUUACUUCAUAUUUUACAAGAAAUAUUGAUGUUCUUGAAAGAGAGAUCUUAUCAUUUUUUGUUCGCUGAAUAAAUUCGUUUCCAAAGUGAACUUUUGUUGUGCAACUCAA